CAACAGUGUUCUGUACAUUAAUGACGUUAUGAUCGUGUUUGACAGGACAAAUUUUAAUUUUAGUUUUAUUUAUCUCGAUUUGAUUCAGGUCUUCUAGACAGUGGAUUACAAAGUUACUGCAUAAGUUCUAUUUUAAAUAAACUCCAAAAGAGAGAUAGAGUGCAUUAAACAGAAGAUCCAUAGUAGUAAAGUGAAACAUCUGCUUUUGUUGUGACGAAUGCUUUUGACAUUUGGUAGACACACAAUUGAUACGAUUGUAUAGUCUAUGUGCGAGUGUGUCACAUAUUGUUUGAGUUAUGAGUGCAGGUGGUCCACAGAUUAUGAACAAUUUGCCACCUGGAGUUAACCCUGAGAAUAACUUAUUGCCUGGAGGGCCAGUCAUCAAUCCAACAAUGAAUAGAAAUAGAAAUAAUAAUCAGAAUCCGCUCCUGAAUGUCCGGGAGAGGCUAUUUCAUGCCUUAUUUUUCAAAUUUGCCGUAGCUUAUGCUCGUACCUUUCCACGGCCAGUGAGGAGGUUUUUUGAGUUCCUUGUUCUUUUAAAAGCACUUGUAGCUUUCUUUGUGCUUGCAUAUAUACAUAUUGCAUUCUCAAGAACACCAACAACAUGUCUAAAUCAUGUAAAAGAUUCUUGGCCCAGAGAUGGUAUAUUAAGAGUAGAGAUACUAAGAAAUCCAUCUCAAGAUUACACUAUAGAACAAAGUUAUGCCAAAGAGCGUAGAUUAAAAAAGGACAAAGUGGAACUUAAUUCAAUGUUAGGAAUGUUAGCUACUGAAGGAUUUAUUAAUAUUGAAUCCUCCACAAGCGAUAAUGCAGAUGAUGAUGAAUAUCUACGAGAUGGCACAGAUUAUGGGAAUAUCACACGGAUCCAUGAUGAUAAUCAGGCUGAAUCUGACAGCAGUCAUGUAAUGGAAACAACUUACAUAAAAUCCGGUCCUGAAUUAGUCCCAAAUGAUGAGGAAACUGAUCUCAAUGCUACAAUAACAUCUGGUGAAGAUGUAGAACCAUCUUCUUCUAUAUGGGAAGGGAUUCUGGGUCUUGUUGAUGAUUUAGAUAGGGAUUCUAAUUUGGUUGACGAAUCACUUGAGGAAGCAGCGGCUAACGAUUCUUCAAAAGAUGAUGAUUAUAUCCUUGAAUACUCACUGGAAUACGGGUUUUUACGAUUAUCACCUAAUGCUCGUCUCCGCCUUAAGAUUCCGGUUAAGAUUGUUACGUUGGAUCCUCAACAGGAUGAGUGCUUCGGUGAUCCAUUUUCUCGUUUUGUAUUAGACGAAUUUUUGGGCUACGAUGACCUUCUAAUGGCAUCUAUCAAAAGUCUUGCGGAACAAGAAGAUAAUAAAGGUUAUUUGAGGAACGUCAUCACCGGGGAGCAUUAUCGCUUUGUAUCGAUGUUGACUGCGCGCAGUUCCUACAUAGCAGCGUUCUUUAUAAUGCUUGUUUUUACUGUUUCCAUAUCGAUGCUCUUGCGGUAUGCUCAUCAUCAGAUCUUCGUAUUUAUAGUCGAUUUGCUACAAAUGCUCGAGUUCAACGUAACAGUUUCAUUCCCCGCUGCGCCGCUACUUACUGUUAUAUUGGCACUUGUCGGUAUGGAGGCUAUAAUGUCGGAGUUCUUCAAUGAUACAACGACCGCCUUCUAUAUCAUACUGAUCGUGUGGAUUGCAGACCAGUACGACGCGAUUUGCUGCCAUACCGCCAUCGCUAAACGACACUGGCUAAGAUUCUUCUACUUAUACCACUUCUCGUUCUACGCUUACCACUAUCGAUUCAAUGGGCAGUACAGCAGUCUCGCGCUUGUCACCUCAUGGCUAUUUAUCCAGCACUCCAUGCUUUACUUUUUCCACCAUUACGAGCUUCCUGUAAUACUACAGCAAGCGCAGCUCCAGCAACUUUUACUUCGCACUCACCGAGGAAUGGGAAUGAUGGGUUUAGCGGGUAUUGCAGCAUUAGCUAGUGGUGCAGCAUACCAUGACGCUCCUGGGACUGGCACUCAAGCUACACCGCCAAUGACCCAAUCCACAACGCAAACUGUUCAAAAUACAGCACAAUCUACAACACAGACCUCUCCUUCUGUGUCUACCGCACAGACUAACACAACGCAUACAGGUGACGUUGUAUCUUCGAGAACGGGUCCUCCAGAAACUAAUGCAAUGGGUACAAAUACGCCUACAGCAAAUGACAACGAAAAUAUUGCUACGGCGACCUCUAAUGAAAAUGUCACGAACGCUGACAAAGAUAACUCUGUCACUGCCAAUGGCGAUCGAGAUAUAAAAAUAGAAGAAAUAGCAAGGAGACACUCUAGUAAUGAAAACAAGAUUCGAUUUGAUACCAAUAGUGGUACUGUAAGUUCGAACACUGACAACGAUCUGAUCUUACCAAGUGGAGCUCAUACUGAAGGCGUUAGUGCAAGCAAUACUCUAGUUGAAACUUUAACAUUAGACCGUAGACGAAAAGAAUAUACUGGUUUAAACGCUGGUUCGGCCAGUCGGCCUUUUCUACCAAGUAAUGAGUCUGUGAUUACAGAAAGAGAAGAGCCUACUGUUUCCCCUGAAGUCGAUGAAGUAGAUUAGAAACAUUUUUUUUAUCACAAUUGCAUUAUACCUACAAGUAUGUAUUUAGCUGAUUGUUCAAUUACAGUUUAUGUGAUGGUAUAUAUCUCAGUCGCCUUAGGUUAUACUAAAUACAGUCUAUUGUAUAAAGUCAUUACAAAGAAAUAUUGUAAAGUACCUAACUAUUAUAAUGUCACAAUCGAAAAUGUAUUGAACUGCGGCUUGUGUCCAAAUAAAGUUUUAAUUUUCUCUUUGUAGGUAAUUUGUCGUAUUGAUACGGUGAUUGUAGUGUUUAAGACUAUUCGGUGUUGAUGUCGCCGGCCAUGUAAAUAUUUAUAUAUUAUUGUCUUUAGGAACGUAUUGUGUUACUAUUUGUAAUUUGUUACUUUAAAUAUGCUUUGUAAACAGUGCAGAAGAUUCGCAUACUCUUUUCAGUGAUUUAGUUUCUGGUAAUAAAUGUUUUCGUUCCCA